AUGAAAGCGCAAGAUCCCCUCGAAGAAAUCGACUUGGGAGAUGGCACUGUCAAAAGACCUACUUAUGUAAGUGCCAAAAUCCCUGAGGGAUUCAAAAAUCAAAUUGCAGAGCUACUAAAAGAAUACAAAGAUUGCUUUGCAUGGGAUUACAAUGAAAUGCCUGGUUUAAACCGGGAGGUGGUGGAAUUAAAAUUACCGAUUCGACCAGACAAAAAGCCAGUCAAACAAAUUCCUCGUAGGUUCGCUCCACAGAUCCUACCAAAGAUCAAAGAAGAGAUCGACAGACUGUUGAAAUGCGGCUUUAUCAGGCCUGCAAGGUAUGUAGAUUGGCUAGCAAAUGUAGUUCCAGUUAAAAAGAAAAAUGGAAUCAUAAGGGUAUGCAUAGAUUUUAGAGAUUUGAAUCUCGCUACCCCUAAAGACGAAUACCCAAUGUCGGUAGCAGAAAUGCUAGUAGAUUCAGCGGCUGGUUUCGAUUACUUGAGUAUGCUAGAUGGAUACUCUGGUUAUAAUCAAAUCUUUAUUGCAGAAGAAGAUAUCGCUAAGACUGCAUUUCGAUGCCCAGGGGCAUUAGGAUGUUAUGAAUGGCUAGUAAUGCCAUUUGGUCUAAAAAAUGUUGGUGCUACGUACCAAAGAGCGAUGAAUUUAAUGUUCCAUGACUUCAUAGAAAAUUUUAUGCAGGUUUACAUUGAUGACAUUGUAGUGAAAUCUUCUUCGGAAGAAAGACAUUUGGAACAUUUACGCCAAUCAUUCGAAAGGAUGAGGCAAAAUGGAUUGAAAAUGAAUCCUUUAAAAUGUGCAUUUGGGGUUUGUGCAGGUGAUUUCUUAGGUUUCGUCGUGCAUAAAAAGGGAAUCGAAAUCAACCAGAACAAAACCAAGGCAAUAAUCGAGACCAAAGCUCCUUCUACAAAGAGAGAGUUGCAGUCUCUACUGGGAAAAAUCAACUUUCUCCGGAGGUUUAUAUCAAACCUAAGUGGUAAGACACAAGCUUUCUCACCAUUACUCCGACUAAAGAAAGAUGAUGUUUUCAAAUGGGAAUCAGAGCACCAAAAAGCUUUUGAUGAAAUCAAGUCAUAUUUGGUAAACCCUCCGGUUCUUUCUCCUUUGUUGAAAGACAGGAGAAUGAAGUUAUAUAUAGCAACGUCAGAUGGCACCAUAGGAAGUAUGUUAGCACAAGAGGACGAACAUGGCACAGAAAGAGCCAUUUAUUAUUUAAGUCGUGUGCGCGAUGAUGUUGAAACAAGAUAUCAUCCUAGUGAAAAACUUUGUCUGUGCUUAUUCUUCUCAUGUACAAAACAUAAGCAUUAUAUAAAGCCUUUUGACGUUUAUGUUUAUUCCCAUUUUGAUAUCAUUAAGCAUAUGUUGUCAAAACUAAUUCUACAUAGCACAGUCGGAAAAUGGGCUUUAGCAUUGACAGAAUAUUCAUUGACUUAUCAAUCGUUAAAAGCUGUCAAAGGCCAAAUUGUGGCCGAUUUUAUUGUAGAUCAUUCAGUAGACGAAGUUUUGACAACUGAAAUAAAAAACCACCCAUGGAUCUUAUAUUUCGAUGGUUCAAGUCAUAAAAAUGGUACCGGCGUAGGAAUAAUGAUAGUUUCGCCCAAGCACCAUGUAUUUAAAUAUAUGUUUCGAAUCAAUCAACUUUGUUCUAACAAUGAGGCUGAAUAUGAAGCCUUAAUUACAGGUCUAGAAAUUGCACUCGCACUGGGGGCAAAAUGCAUCGAAAUCAGAGGAGAUUCUGAACUUGUCCUUAGACAGAUGACAAAAGAAUAUAGGUGCGUUAAGGAAAGUUUGGUCACCUAUCAUGCAAUAGCCAGCAGAUUGCUAAAACAGUUCACUCACGUGGAAAUUCGGCACAUACCUCGAAUAGAGAACCAAGAUGCAAAUGAUUUGGCGCAGAGGGCCUCUGGAUACAAAAUACCGAAGGACCAGAUGCAAGAGGCGAUAGAGAUUAGAAACAGACGAAAUUCGAUAGAAUCGUUCUCUAGCAAAUCGUUAACGCCAAAACUUGGGGGGACUGAAGCAUGCCAAAAAUCCAUGAAAGGUACAAAUUUUGUCGAAAUUUUUGUCAUUAACGAUUUAAAUGAAAAUGAUUGGCGAAGACCUAUAGUGAAGUAUUUGGAAAAUCCAGAUGGAGCCACCUGUCGAAAAGUGAAAUACAGGGCCUUGAGUUAUGUAAUAAUGGGUAAUGAAUUAUUCAAAAAGACUUCAGAAGGAGUUUUGUUGAAAUGCCUAGGUGAAACAGAUGCGUAUCUGGCUGUUUCUAAUACACACGAUGGAACUUGUGGAACGCACCAAGCGGGCCAUAAAAUGAAAUGGCUUUUAUUUCGACAAGGGUUAUAUUGGCCGACUAUGCUAAAAGAUUGCAUAGAGUUUGCAAAAGGAUGCCAAGGAUGCCAAAAAUACGCUGGAAUUCAGCGCGUCACAGCAAGUGAACUUCAUGCGAUAAUUAAACCUUGGCCAUUUAGAGGGUGGGCUUUAGAUGUGAUAGGGGAAAUCAAACCUACUUCAUCGAAAGGAUAUAGAUACAUCUUGGUAGGAAUAAAUUAUUUCACAAAAUGGAUAGAAGCAAUUCCUUUAAAAGAUGUUACUCAGGAGGAAGUUAUAAUUUUCAUCCAGAAGUUCAUCAUAAAUAGGUUCGGUAUUCCAGAAACUAUAACCACAGACCAAGGAUCCGUAUUCACUGGUCGAAAGAUGGCGAAGUUUCUUGAAGAAAUAGGCUUUAAAUUGCUAACUUCGACACCAUACUAUGCGCAAGCAAAUGGUCAAGUUGAAGCAGCAAACAAAAAUAUCAUUGCCAUUAUCAAACGCAAAAUAAAGGCAAAACCAAAAAAUUGGCCUGAAGUCUUAGGCGAAGCUUUGUGGGCAUGUCGAACAUCACCCAAAGAAUCGACAAACACUACACCUUUUAGGUUAACAUUUGGUCAUGAUGCUGUGUUACCAGUAGAGAUUUUGCUUCAAUCAGCCAGAAUCCAAAGGCAAUGCGAAAUACCAGUUAAUCAUUAUUGGGACAUGGUCAUAGACGAAUUGACCGAUCUCGAUGAAGAAAGAUUAACAGCGUUAGAAGUCCUUGCAAGAAAAAAGGAGAGGGUAGCAAAAGCAUAUAAUAAAAAGGUAAAAUCAAAAUUUUUCGCCCAAGGAGAUUUGGUAUGGAAAGUCAUUUUACCAAUGGAUAAGAAAGAUAGAGUUUUGGGAAAAUGGUCACCCGGUUGGGAAGGACCAUGGCAGAUAUUGAGAGUCUUUUCAAACAAUGCAUACGAGAUCGAAGAAUUAAAUGAAGAUCGAAGGAUCUUGCGAAUAAACGGAAAGUACUUGAAAAAGUAUAAACCGACAUUACAAGAAAUUAAGAUCAUACAGGAGUAA